CUCUUUUAGAGGGAUGUAAACAUGAAGCAAACUGAGUAUAUUGCCAUUACUAAAGUGUUAAAACAGUGUAGGCCUGCAGAAGAAGUUAUCCAAACAGCACUUAGUAGGUUCCCAAGUUAUUUUUUAGAUGGCAGACAGCAGCGAGUUGUUAUUGAAGGCAACACAUCGGGGUGGCUUCCAGUCAACUCCAGUGUCCCUCAAUGGCUCCAUUUUAGGGCCUCUUGUCUUUAACCUGUAUUCUUACCUACAAGACUGCCGUGGCUAUUUAUUCGCAGAUCAUUCAAAGAAAAGUGCGGAUGACGCUACACAAGCACCAGACGCCUGAGAUGAUCAAGUAUUAUUACGAUGAAUUUUUGGCAAAAUCAAAAGAAGAUCCAUUUGGGCCUGUGAUGCUUGAUCUAGCAUUCAAGGCUGACCUUCCACCAGCUCUCUUAGCAAGGAUCGUCCUGGAACAGUAUCUUGCAACGUCUUGCAGCGACCAAGAAAAUGUUAGUAAGCUACAAUUAAGUCAACUACUUAAAGAGACGCAUCUCAUACAAGAUCCUGUCUUGUCAUUUCAAGUGCAACAGGCUGUUCUGAAUGAUAUGUCCUAUGGUCCGAUUGUUGAAAGCAUCAAACACUCUAUUGGUAGUGAAUAUGAAUUCAAAUUGGAAAAUCUGUUGAAAAGCAGUAACAUUUCCUUCAUCCGUGAGGACGAAAUGCGAAGUAAGGGCUAUGACAAGACACCAGACAUAAAACUUCAAAUCCCAAUUGCUGUUGAUGGGUAUGUCAUCAACUGGAUUGAGAGCAAAGCCUCAUUUGGGGAUGAGGUCAGCCAAGCCGGCUAUCUUAAAGACCAGUUCUGGAGUUACGUGAACAGGUUUGGAUCUGGGCUGGUAAUCUACUGGUUCGGAUACGUUGAGGAUCUGGACAUUCACAGAGAUCGUGGAAUUGCUCUUGCCCAAGAUUUUCCAAAAAAGUUUGUUAGCUUCCAACCAUCGUCAGUUGAAAGCAUGAUGCAUAGUAGCUGAUUUAUUCCUAGGAAGGGAGAAAACAGUUUUGUGCGUGUCCCUAUGAAAGAGGGUACAUUGAAUUGAAUGAGAAAACUUUGUGGCCUUGAAGGAUCAUUGAACCGUCAAAUUGAUCCAAUCUACAAACUUGGCCCCCGGCCUGUUAAAAUACAGUUGAGAACUCAUAGGUUUAACUGUUGAGAGUAUGACAUAUAGGUCUACAGACGUGGUAUUUUCCUUGGAAGGGGGUAAACAGUGAGACUAUAAUGUAUACAUACUGAUUUUUUCCCAGGAAGGGGGUAAGCUUGUGAGACCAUAUGUAUAAAUAUUGAUGUGUUCCCAGGAAGGUGGUAAGCUUUUAAGAGUAUGAUGUAGGCCUAUGCACAAUGGUGUCUUCCUAAGAAGUGGAUAAGCUUUCGAGAGUGAUGUAUAUUAACUGUUAGUAAGUUUUUGAGUGUAUGAUGUAUACAUACUUGAUGUGUUUCUGGGAAGAGGGUAAACUGUGAGUGUAUAUUUUAUGCAUACUGUGACUUUUCAGGAAGAAUAAGGUGUAAACUAGCUUAAGGAAAUUGUGAAAUGGGAGGGGAUACUAACAUGAUACACAGUACCGUACCUGAUGCAUUUCUUUCCUGUCUAUAUUUACCCUCCUCAUGACAGAUGUUUUUACUAUUAGUCCGGCAGCUUAGCAGAUGGAUGUGGACGUUCCGGACAAAAGCACCAAUUUUUUUUUACAUGCUCCUUAUGGUCAUAGCAUUCAAUUUUUGGUAG